AUGCCAAGUUCAGCAUCUGUAGAAGGCAUUCUUCAUGGUGAUGAUAAUCAACGUUUGAAUUAUCUUGUACAAGUUUUUGCUAAAUAUCAAAUGACAGGAAAACGAUAUGAAACUAAAACAUGGCAUGCUUAUUUUCGACGUAUUGCCAUUAAUCCUGUUGUAUUCUAUCAACAUAAUCAUGCACUUUUUUAUGAAGAUAAUCAAAGUGAUAAAGAUAAUUUUCAAAUUCAUGAACCGACUUAUAUUCAUGGUGAUUUACAUAUUGGCCAAUUUCAUUAUUACUUUGAUGAUACUACUAAUGAGCGAAUAUUUCAAAUACGACAACAUACAAAGAAAAUUGCACCAUUUACGUGGGACCUGAAACGUUUAGCAACUAAUCUUGUACUUAUUGGCUAUUAUCAAGGUUUUAGUGAUAUUGAAAUAAUUGAAAUAUUGAAAGCGUUUAUUCAACAAUAUAUUAAUAGGGUUAAAGAAAUUAAAAAGAUAAAUUUCUUUCGACAAAAUUCAAAUGAAGAAAACCAAAUCCAUCAAACCAAAUCAUAUUUAUUGCAAGGUCAAUGCUCAGUUAUUGACUCAAUACCAGUUCAGCAAGAAAUGCAUGAAAUCGAUUGGAAAGAAUUAAAUUCUGUAGCUAGUUGGAUAAUUUUAGCUGAACAAUUGGCUAUUACUGUUGCUGAUUUGCAUUGUCAAUCAACUAUUUCUGUGUUACCAACAGAAAAAAUAGUAGAGAAGAAUCCUGAUUAUUCACUGCGUAUUAUUCAAGCUGCUUUAUCAUCGAGUGAUCAACAGUAUGAGUUAAUUCAGGAAAUUUGCUAUUUCGCUAUGAAUUAUGCUGAAAUAGCUGAACACGAUCAUCGACUAUUUUUUAAAUGUUUUCGUAAUGAAACAAUAUUCAACGGCAUUCUUAUGGGUAAUCAUCGACAAAUGCCACGUUCAUUAGUCAGUGCUCGUUCAUUGUCUAUAUUGAUUGUUGGUGGUGGUAUUGGCGGUUUGGCAACGGCAUUAAAUUUUGCUCAAGCUGGAAUACGAGUUAGAUUAUUCGAAAAAAAUUCUGAAUUUAGUGAAGUUGGUGCUGGCAUGCAAUUAGCACCUAAUUGUAGUCGUGUACUCGAUCAUCUUGGUAUUUUAAAACAAGUACAAGCUAAUGCUGUUUUUCCUAAACAAAUUGUAUGGAUGGAUGCUCUAUCUGGCCAAAGACUUGGCUGCAUAGAUUUAGGACCUAAAUUUAUUGAAACAUUUAAAUAUCCAUAUAUAGUUGUACAUCGAGCUGAUCUUUUGAAUGCGCUUUAUCAAGCAUGUUUUGCUGAUCCAUUAGUAACACUGGAAACAAAUCGUUUUGUAGUAAGUGUUGACGAACGACCAAAAUCAAUCAUGGUUGAAUGUGCUGACGGUACACGUUAUGAUUGUAAUAUGGUAGUUGCGGCCGAUGGUCUUUGGUCGUCGUUAAGAAAAUUUGUUCAUGAUGAUGGAGCACCGCUUAGUGUUGGUUAUGUAACCUAUCGAGGUACAAUAGAUAUCAGUCAAGUUUCAAAAGAAGCUGGCCUGGAAAAUGUACAAUUUUGGAUUGGACCUGAUAUGCAUCUGGUACAAUAUCCAAUUCGACGUGGAGAAUUAUUUAAUCAAGCAGCGAUAUUUAAAUCAAAAAGAGUACCCGAUGAUACAGACGAAUGGGGAACACGAGAAGAACUUAAUCAACAUUUUGGUAUCGGAUGUGAACAUGUUAAAAAUGCUUUGAAACUAAUACAAAGUAAUAUACGAUGGCCCGUAUAUGAUCGUAAUCCAUUGUCGAAGUGGAGUCAUGGCCAUUUGGUGUUACUAGGCGAUGCAGCUCAUCCGAUGUUACAAUAUGCUGGCCAAGGUGCUGCACAAGCAUUGGAAGAUGCGGAUGCACUUGUAAGUGCUUAUAAGAAAUAUGGAUCAUUAAAUCUUGAUGCCGCAUUUCGAGAAUACGAACGAAAACGAAUACCACGUUCAUCGAAAAUUGUCCAAUUUGCACGUGAUAUUGGCAAUUUUGCACAUUGUGGUGGUGUCGCAAAGAUUGCUCGUGAUGCAACAUUAAAAGCGCAUGAUAUGAAUGAUUAUGAAAUUUUGAAUUGGUUAUAUGCAGCUGAACAAAAAGACAGCGAAUAA